AUGCGUAUCGCUUACGUUGUUGCUGGACUGAUUGCCCUGAAUGCAAAUGUUUCUGAUGCGCGUGUCAUUGCGCCUCAUGGCGCCCAGGCAACCAUCUCCACUCCUGUCCUUAUGAAGAGAACACCAGCUGAGCGUGAUGACAUGAACUCGACGAAGGAGAGUGACGAUACCCGUGAAGAUAAAACGUCCAGCUCCGACGAUGCCGUCGGCCGUGUCCACUCCAGUGUCCACGGCGCGUCGGACGCCCGGCCCGGUUCUUCCAAAUCGGCCCUCCGGACUAUCAUCCCCGGAGACCAAUCCUCUGACCGGGAUGGCUACACCCAGCCCACUCCUUCCGACACCAAUCACGGCUCGCCGCUCGAUAAGCUCACGUUUUUGAUCAAGCCUGUCGCACACAAGGCCACCCACGAAGUUCCAGCUGAGGUCGAAUCCCACGCUCCCCAGCCUGCUGAUGCGCUCCUCAGAGCUAUUGAGCACUUCCGUGAGGAUGUCACCCAUCAGCUUCCGGUCCAUGUCCCGGGCGACAUUGUGUCUUCCACAACCUCAAGCCCUCUCUCAGCCCCGUCGCACCUAGUCACCCCAGUCAUCGAGCAGUUGCCAAUCGGCCAGACUGCUGGUAAUGGUGCUUACGGAGAUGCCCUCCCUCUGUCCCAAGUGACCAACACAAUCCACUCGACCAUCCCACAUGUCGCCCAAGACCCGUCUUCCUUAAUCUCCAACUUGCCUGUGGGCGGCUCGCGACAAGCCAGCAACUUGAUCCAUUCCACUCUCCCUAAUCUGGCCGGCAUCACCCCGAACCUAUCCAACCUUCCUUUACCAAUCGUUGGCGGCAACCCCGGUGAUUCCGACAGCGGCCUUCCAGUGCCUAUUUCAACUAGCAUUAUCAGUCCCAUCCUUUCAAGUAUUCCAGUAGGGGGCAUCGGAAGCGCUCUCCCAGUAUCAGAACCAACCAAUGUAGUCAACCGAGUCUUCUCCAACUUGCCAGUUGGCCAAUCUCCUCCGGUUGACCCCUCAACUCUGGCUAGCCCCAUCCUCUCCGGCUUACCGGUUGUGGGUAACGGGAAUACCGGAUCUCCUUCAACCUCCCUUCCUCUUGACCCGUCCACCUUGGUUAACCCAGUUAUCUCCAACUUGCCCGGUGGCCAAUCAGUCGGCAACAUCAUCCCCGGAUCCACCUUGAGUUCUCUCCCAGUUGACCCUACUAACUUGGCCAAUCGAGUCAUCUCCAACUUGCCAAUUGUCGACGGAAGCUCCGGAUCCCCCUUGAGCUCUCUCCCGGUGGACCCCUCCACUCUGGUCAGCCCGAUCCUUUCCAACUUGCCUGUGGGCCAGUCAAACGGCUACACUCAAGGCCCCGGAACGCCUUUGGACACUCUCACAAACCCAACUGGUUUGGUCAGCCCAGUCCUCUCCAACUUGCCAGGAGAUCAAUCCGUUGUCAACAUGAUUCCUGUAGCCCCGUUGAGCUCUCUCCCUCUUGACCCGGCAAACUUGGUCAACCGUGUCAUCUCUAACCCAUUAGGCGGUAAUGGGACCUCUGGAUCUCCCUUGAGCUCGCUUCCUGUUGACCCCUCCACCCUGGUUAGCCCAAUCCUCUCAAACUUACCAUUAGGUGGUGCUGGAAGCUCCGGAUCUCCCUUGAGCUCCCUUCCAGUCGACCCAUCCACUCUGGUCAGCCCCAUCCUCUCAAACUUGCCAGUCGGAGCCAGUUCCGGAAGCCCCUUGAACGGUCUACCAGUAGUCGACCCAACUACCCUAGUCAGCCCGAUUCUGUCAAACUUGCCGGUAACUCAAUCCGUCGGCGACGUGAUUCCUGCAGCCCCGUUGAGCUCUCUCCCUCUCGACCCAGCAAACUUGGUCAAUCGUGUCAUUUCUAACCCACUAGGAGCUGAGGGUACCUCUGGAUCCCCGUUGAGCUCCCUCCCAGUCGACCCAUCCACUUUGGUCAGCCCGGUCCUCUCAAACUUGCCCCUGGGCCAGUUAGCUGGCACCGGAACCCCUGGAUCUCCCUUGAGCUCUCUUCCAGUCAACCCAUCCACAUUGGUUGCCCCGGUCCUAUCCGGUGACCUACCUGUCGUCGGAUCAGUUACUGACACUAUUAACUCACCCCUCUCCCGUUUGCCCAUCUCAAACACCAACCCCACCACUGGCUACUACUGA